UUUACGUUACAAAUCUAUCUCAAACGCGUCGUCUCUCUAUCUUCAACGCGCCUUCAAAGACCAUUUAUCCUCAUGGUUACUUCACACACACACAUAUAUAUACACUCGUAACAAGAGCCGCCAUUUUCAGUGUCACAACAAAGCUUCACCCAAAGAACCCACCUGAAGAAACCUUAAAAAACACAGAAAGUGUUGAGUGUGCGUGUGUGUAUAUGGAUAUGGAUACUCAGUCGUCGUCGCCCAAGUACAAGGGUGUACGGAAGCGGAAGUGGGGGAAGUGGGUGUCGGAGAUUCGUCUUCCGAACAGUCGGGAAAGGAUCUGGUUGGGAUCCUUCGAAACGGCGGAGAAGGCGGCGCGUGCGUUCGACGCGGCUCAGUAUUGCCUGAGAGGUCCCGGAGCAAGCUUUAAUUUUCCGGCGAACCCUCCGGAGAUCCCCGGCGGAAGAUCCCUAACUCCGCCGGAGAUUCAGGCCGUCGCGAGCCGCUUCGCCAACGAGGAACCACCACCGACGACUGCGAUGUCACGUGCACAAGCAAACAAUGAUGAUGACGACGUGGAGGGAAUUUCGGCACGUGGGGAAAAUCCAUUCCGUGGUGGUGGGGCCAUGUCGGAGCAAGUGGAGGAGGGGAUUAACUACAUUAACAAUAAUAAUGAUAAUAAUCAUAAUUACAGCAAUGACACAUGGACUGCCGCUGAGUACGAAACGACAGCGUAUUGGCCGUUUUUGUGGGAGAACAAUGUGGGUAGAUCGGAGGAGUUAGGGUUUUUCCCCGGCGAGACCGGAAACUUGUUUUUUCCGACCGAGCAGCAACUUCCAUCCAAUUUUUACGACGAUGAAGUUAAUGACGAUUUUUCUCUACAAUCCCUCAAUCUUUGGAACUUUUAAGAACCCUUAUUUUUUUUAAAGAAAAUCUUUUUUUCCACAUUAAUCUUAUAAAACGGUCAGUCCAAUUUCGAUAAUAUUACUUUCACGGGGUUCGAACCAUUUUGGUUUUGGACUGUCCGGUGAGGAUUAUUUCGAAUACGACUACUAUAUAUUAUA